GGAGUAAACAGAAACCACAUGUACACAUUGUUGCAUGGAUAGUGAUUUCGACCACUUACAUCAUGAUAUGAUCGUGGAUUAAGCUUAAAACCGCAGAUAUCUUUUCAGAAUACUCUGAUGUUUAGACUUUAUGGUUUUCCAUCAGCUAUCAAAAUUCUUCAAGAGAUUUUCACCUAGAUUCAAAAUUCGAUCUAGACAUUUUGAGGGAAUGGAGACUAAAGAUUUGGUGAAGGAGGGUAAGGCAGAGGUGCUGUACCCUCCCUAUGUUUUCUACAACCCUGUCCAAGAGUUCAACAGGGAUCUGACCAUCGCUGUCAUUUCUCAAUUUUCCAAAGAAAAAAUGAGGAAUUCAGAGCAAACUUUAAAGAACAAGCAACGCAAUGCUGAAUGCAAACAGGAGGACAAAAAUGAUACAGCUCCUGAGGAAUCUGAAAAAGCAGAAAACCUAGAGGCAGGAAAGUGUUAUGAUAAUGGAAUUAGAAUUCUAGAGGGACUUGCAGCAUCAGGAUUGCGCUCUGUCCGAUUUGGAUUAGAAAUUCCAGGUGUGAAGGAAAUUGUAGCCAAUGACUUUGACAGAUCUGCUGUAGAAAUAAUAAAGAAAAAUAUAGAGCUAAACAAGAUGGAACAUUUGAUAAAAGCUAACAAUGGGGAUGCAGCAAUGGUGAUGUACGAGAAUCGUGAAAAACCCAAAAGAUUCGAUGUCAUUGACCUUGACCCCUAUGGGAGUCCCCAUCUAUUUUUAGAUGCUGCCGUACAGGCAGUCAGCGAUGGAGGUCUCCUCUGCAUAACAGCCACUGAUGCAGCAGUCUUAUGUGGGAACUCCCCUGAGACAUGUCACUCUAAAUACGGCAGUGUCUCUUUAAGAACGAAGUACUGUCAUGAGAUGAGUCUUAGGAUUAUUCUGAGGAGUGUGGAGGCUCACGCCAACAGGUAUUCGCGCUACAUCGAGCCCCUCCUGUCCGUCAGUGUGGACUUCUAUUUCCGGGUGUUUGUGAGGGUGCACAGCGGUCAGGGGAAGGUGAAGCGGUCCCUCAGCAAGCUGUCCACGGUGUACCACUGUGUGGGAUGUGGCUCCCAUCAUCUACAGAGAAUGGGGUUCAUGGUUCCCACCAAAGGAGAGGGCAACUACAAAUACACACCAGGAACUGGACCGGUUGUGAGGGAGACAUGUGAUGACUGCGGCUUCCGAUACAAUGUAGGGGGCCCAGUAUGGGCAGAGCCCAUGCACAGCCCAGAGUUUGUACAAGCAGUGAUUGACAGUGUAGAAAAGGAAAGGGGAAGGUUCAACACAGCCAAGAGAAUUGUGGGAAUGCUAAGUGUGGUUAAAGAAGAGCUGCACGACAUUCCAUUCUACUACACCACUGAAGGACUGUGUACUGUUCUUCACUGCGAGAUGAUCAGUUUCCCAGUGUUAAGGUCAGCCUUCCUUAAUGCUGGCUACAGGGUCUCCCUGUCCCACUGUGCCAAGGAUUCCAUCAAAACAGACGCACCCUCAUCCUUCUUGUGGGAUGUAUUCAGAGCUUGGACGAAAGAGAAACCUGUGAGGGAGCGCCACCUACAGGACAAUACUCCGUGUAAAAACAUCCUCGGUAAACCGUGUGGGAGCCAGGUGUCAUUUGAAAUUCAUCCGAACUCCAAUCCUGAAUCGAGACAGAAGGGUUUGACCCGAUGGCAGACCAACCCAGAGAAAAACUGGGGACCCAAAGCUAGGGCCAAGAGACAGAAUCAGGAAAACGAUGGCAGCAAACAAGGGAAAAGAGCAAGGAGACGAAAGAACAAAGAGGCUGAAGAACUUGAUGAGGAAGAGAAAACAGAUCCUGCAUAAAUGGCAUCAUAAAUAUUGAGACAAUUCUUCUUAAAGGGUCCACUGUGAAAAGUCAAGUGACAGAAAUGAACAUUAAACUAGAAAAACUGAUACUUUUCUAGAUUAAAAGUGGCUGUAAUUACA